AAUUUAAGUUAUUCAUAAGUGAUUAUUUUUGCAAUUUCUCCUAAAAAGAUUGCACAGUUUCAGUUUCGGAUAAACAAAUGAAACACGUCCCGUCCCUUCUGUCUUCCGUUUAACAGCUCCCUUGACUCCCAUUCGACCUAGAAAACGGAACGGAGUUUCCCGUUUUUUAUUCUUUUAAACUAUGGGUAACUGCAAUGGUCUUCCGUCCACCGGUAACCAGUUCCAACCACUAUCCGACUCCGGCGUUAGUCUCCUCGAUGGUGGCAUCAACGUCCAACCUGCCCCACCACCGCCAAGACCUCAACAAUCUUCAACCCACCACCAUCCUUCACCUGCCGUCGGUCGUGUCCUCGGCCGUCCCAUGGAAGACGUCCGUUCAACUUACGUCUUCAGCGGAGAGCUCGGCCGUGGGCAGUUUGGUAUUACCUACUUGGUAACUCACAAAAAAACCAAGCAGCAGUUCGCUUGUAAAUCUAUCCCCAAGCGUAAGCUUAUCAACCGUGAAGAUAUCGAAGAUGUCCGCCGUGAAGUACAAAUUAUGUACCACCUCACCGGCCACAGGAAUAUUGUGGAGCUGAAAGGGGCCUAUGAGGAUCACCAAUCAGUGAAUUUGAUUAUGGAACUGUGUGCUGGAGGGGAGUUAUUUAAUCGGAUUAUAGCUAAAGGUCAUUUUUCAGAGAGGAAAGCAGCUAAUUUGUGUAGGCAGAUAGUGAUGAUGCUGCAUUAUUGUCAUUCCAUGGGGGUAAUGCAUAGGGAUUUGAAGCCUGAGAAUUUCUUAUUCUUGAAUAAGGAUGAGGAUUCUCCGUUGAAAGCUACUGAUUUCGGGCUCUCUGUGUUUUUUAAGCCAGGAGAUGUUUUUAAGGACCUUGUUGGAAGUGCUUAUUAUGUUGCUCCAGAAGUAUUGCGCCGGCGCUAUGGACCUGAAGCUGAUAUUUGGAGUGCUGGGGUGAUUCUUUACGUUCUUCUUAGUGGGGUACCACCAUUCUAUGGAGAAACUGAGCAGAGUAUCUUUGAUUCUAUUCUUAGGGGAAAUAUUGAUUUCUCGUCUGAUCCAUGGCCUUCCAUUUCCAGCAGUGCCAAAGAUCUCGUGAGGAAGAUGCUACGGGAUGAUCCUAAAGAACGACUUUCAGCAUCUGAAGUCUUAAAUCAUCAAUGGAUGCGUGAAGACGGUGAUGCAUCUGAUAAGCCUCUUGAUAUUGCUGUUUUAACUAGAAUGAAGCAAUUCAGCGCAAUGAACAAACUCAAAAAGGUUGCUCUAAAGGUAAUUGCUGAGAAUCUGUCUGAAGAAGAAAUUAUUGGUUUGAAGGAGAUGUUCAAAUCCAUGGACACCGACAACAGUGGAACAAUUAGCUUCGAGGAGUUAAAAACGGGCCUUCCUAAACUUGGUACUAAGCUUUCCGAGUCUGAAGUGAGGCAGCUAAUGGAAGCGGCCGACUUUGAUGGAAAUGGAGCAAUUGAUUACAUCGAGUUUAUAACAGCUACAAUGCACAUGAAUAGAACAGAAAGAGAAGAACACUUGUAUACUGCCUUUCAAUACUUUGACGAGGACAAUAGCGGGUUUAUUACAAUGGAAGAGCUAGAGCAGGCCCUUAGGAAGUAUAAUAUGGGUGACGAGAAAACAAUAAAAGAGAUAAUUGCAGAAGUUGACACUGACAGGGAUGGGAGAAUUAACUACGAUGAGUUCGUUGCCAUGAUGAGAAAAGGCAAUCCAGAGUUGGUUGCUAGUCGACGUUGCAAAAAACUGCUGCUGCAAAUCCUUUCCGUGUCGGGCGAAUAAGCUCGUGACUAGGAACUGAAUGAACUCUUGCAGAUGCUACAGUUUCAACCAGUUAAUUUAAUAUGUUUCUCAGAUGUUAGUUUUAUACAGAACAACGGUUUCACCUUGCUUUUGUUCAAACAAAUCCACCCCCAUACCCAAAGAAGACGGCAGAGAACAUGGCUUUAUUUCUGGAAGGGAUAAAUUUCAAACACAAACCUGCUUUGUGAUAUAUUAAUUUUGGUUUGGUGAAAUUAUAUGUAUGGAAUUUUGAUUUUGGUUCAAUUUUAUAAAGAAAUUUAUUUUGAUUCAA